GCGCAGCAGUGCGCCGGGAGCGCUUCACGGGGUAGCACGCGCGUGCUGACGUUCCUCACAGCGUUCCUACUCGAACUCGCGUAGACGUUCUUGUCGCACGUGACGGCCUCCGUUCUCACGGCCGACGUGCAACUCUUUCCGCGAGCCAAACGGGCUCCGCAACCCCCUCGAGGGGCAUUCUUCCGCGCGGAAUCUCGACUGGUCGCAGUGUACGUGAUCGUGCUCGAGACAGAGGACGCCGAAGUCGAGACCCAGUGGCUGACUGCGAGGCUCCUGGACCUGUCCGUCUUCGGGGUGAUUCACCCCUGUGUCUGCCGAGAACGAACUGCUGUUACGGUGCGCAGAGGACGACGAAGGUAAUUCGUUGAAGCCGGAGGUCCAGGCGUUGAUCAUCAGCGGCUCCUUUGAGCUGUGGACGCCGCUUUAAUAACCAGUCAGCCACGCGAAGUAUUUCAUUAAAGCCGGAUAUCCACGGCGAGGGACGGGAAGGGACGACGAGGAACGGGUUUCCUGGCGUCGCGCGAUGCGAUUCUGCGAGGAUAGGGGAGAACCAGCGGCGCUUCCCUUUGACGAUCGUCCCUUGUCUGAGCCGGGGGAGGAUCUCCGUCAUCCUGGCGCGAAAGGAAGCACGGUCUCGUACAAUUCCGCGGUGGCCCGGGAGCUACGGAGGAUUGAAUAAGUAUCCUAGUCACGCUGCAACAAGUUCUUACAUAUGUCCCACCCCUGUUACCUUGGAAAGUGUCAUCAAUUCGGAGGAAGCGAUUAAACUUCCUUUAAAAGAUAGCCCUAUCAAGAAAGGGUCUCAUCGAGUAUCGUUGGAAGAAGUGUGGGGAUGAAGACAGACUUUGGUAGACACCUGGACUGGAGCUAAGAAGAUGCCUAGGUCAAGAGGUCUUAUGUUCUUGGGGUGUUCUCUGACCGAAGCUUGGACACUGUCAAGUGGUAGUGGCGGGAUUCGAUCAGCCCUGAUGUACGUGGACUGAUAAGUGCUGAUAUGAAGUAGAGGCGUCUGUCAGAGAUUAUUCAAGACAAACUGCAGGGACAUCCAGAGCAAUGUAGCAAAAGUGCACCCAUAUCCUAGCACGUCGAUCCGUUCCUAGUUAACUUAACCCGACCUUGUGAUGUCUUCAGCAUCAAGACAAAAACAACCCUCCUCCAACAAGAGACACCACACGAUAUAGAAACCUUCUCAAAACUUGACAAACGCCAAGUCUGAACAGAGAGAUUGGAAGGUGACCGUCCACUCCUCCAUUAAAAAUAAUGAAGACGCGAAGCAGCCUAAGUGCCUGGCACAACUCACCGCUUUCCUGUGGCUGUAACAGUGGCUUCUAACGGUCUGCGGCGACUUGGCCGGGAUGCCCGGGAGAUCAGUUCGCGAAUCCAUUGCGGGGGAGUAUCUCCCUGAAGUCGUCCCGUGCAUCCUAUUCUUUCCACUCUGCGCUCCCUCGAAGUGGAAUUUAUUUCCAAUCCGAGAGCAUCCGCACAAACGCGGCCUGGAUGAGGGCUACGUAUUCCCGAAAAUGCACGGUCCAUAGAGACCCGGAGCUCCGUUGAACAAUACGUGAUCUUAGGGUGAACAAGAUCCCUUCAGGUUCUGUUGAAAAGUGAAACGUUUUAGAAGAUACCAAAAACCAAGUUCUAUGGUUCGAAAAACGGUUCGUGUCGCGAACAAUGAGCCCAUAAAUAGCUGGAAACUAUUAAUUAACCCCCGACGGGGGAUGCUAGGACACCCUAAUAUCGAAAUCGCGAGUGAAGUGCGAUAUCCUUUAGGGAAAAGGGCGACAGACGUUUUCGGGGGUUUCCCACCCCCGACGAGCAACGGCAAGAAGGGGUGGAGUUAGCCGGGACUAUGAUGCCGGUUUGAUAACGUGGGUCGGUGACACGGUGCACGGUCGCGCGACUCGCUACAUCCGUGUCUGGCCCCAACCCCCGUAGUGUUCACCCCCCUCGGAAGGGGUUGGUUACGGCGAGAGUUUGAGGAGAGGAGAAAGAGGCGGAGGGAAGAGCGAUCGUGGGAGUAAGAGGUAGGGGAGCGGAAGAAAAAGGAAAUUUGAGACAUUAAAGGGACCCUGUUACAGGGCGCAGGGGGUUAGAGGGUGAAAGUGGAAGAGGGCGAGAGACAAAGAGGGUGGUAGGGAUUCAUGGGAGGUAGAAGGGAACAACGUACUGCAACGUGAACGAGCAAGUCGAAGGGAGGAGGAGGCGGCAAGAGGACAAGCAGGGAAGUUUCCGUCUGUCCGACGUGGAUGGGGGUGAAAAUGUUCGGAGUAUUGCUGGCAUGUGUCUGGCUGGUUGCCGGCUCCCCGUUACAUCCCUGGCCGCUAAUACCGCACAAAGCGAUUACACAGGGAUCCUACAUCAGGUAUUACACAGCCGCUUGGUACGAUACCGUAGCACUGAGAGAACAUCGUAUCAGAAGUCGUCGUGACACUUCGGCUUCCGGGCAUCCGGGGGACACGACGUUGAAUCUACGCCUUCAUGCUCUCGACAGGGUCUUCAAGAUGAGACUCACGAGAGACACGAGUCUAUUCCAUGAGAAUGUUGCCUUCGAGGGAUCGAAUGGACGGCGAAUUGCGUUCGAUCCCCUGCACGCUUACAGCGGAACACUCGAAGACGAUGAAAAUUCAUCGGUGCAUGGGAUCGUGACGGAGGAGGGUCUCUUCGACGGAACGAUUUUCACCGCGUCCGACGAAAUCUACAUUGAACCAGCCAGCAGAUACUCCCCGCUCGUAUGUCAUCGUCAAGACGGUGAGCGAAAUGACGCCACUGACACCGUUCACCACCACACGAUAGCGUAUCGUUCGGUCGACGUGAGCGUUCCUCGCCCCAAUGGAUAUCCAUGCGCCAGCGAAGUCUUGCGGGAAAACACGUUGAACGAACUGAGGACGAACAGGACGUGGAGUGGAUAUCUCGGGGACACAAUGCGGCCGCUUUAUCAACACCAGAACGAGGGGAACUCCCGCGCCAAGCCGGGUUUCUAUCCGAAGGACGCCAGGAAAAAAGACCCCACCGCGAGCUCCCACAACCUGGAGCUACUCGAUAGGCUGUAUAGGGCGAGGUACUCCAGAGUGCUCCGGAAGAGGACGUCAGUGGAUCCAAAGAAAACGACCUGUAUGUUAUACCUGCAGGCUGACCACACGUUUUUCGGUCACUAUAAAUCCGAAGAGGCCUGCAUAGAAGUGAUGACACGCCACGUGCAGCGUGUCAACUCCAUCUACAGGUACACAGAUUUCAAUCAGGACGGCCAGCCAGACAACAUCAGCUUCAUGAUAAAACGCGUAAAGGUCCACGGCGAGGAUGCCCUGAACGACUCGAGCUACAGGUUUACCGGCGCCUAUGGUGUGGAGGAGUUCCUCGAACUCUUCUCUGAGGAAGACUACGACGCGUUCUGCCUAUCGUACAUGUUUACAUACCGCGACUUUGAAAAGGGUACCUUGGGACUGGCGUGGACGGGGGACUUAAAGAACGCUGGAGGAGUUUGCGAAAAAAAUGGGCACUACAGGGGUAGCAUGAAAUCGCUAAACACUGGUAUAAUCACCCUCCUGAACUACGGCAAGCACGUACCACCGACGGUUUCUCAUGUCACCCUGGCACACGAGAUCGGUCACAACUUCGGAUCCCCUCACGAUCCGGACGAGUGUUCACCUGGAGGAGAGGACGGAAAUUUCAUAAUGUUUGCCAGAGCUACCAGCGGGGACAAACGAAACAACAAUCGCUUCAGUCCGUGCAGCCUGGUCUCCAUAAAUCCCGUUCUAAAUGCCAAGGCCCGCUCGACCAAAGGCUGCUUCGCCGAGCCUCAGACUGCCAUCUGCGGGAACGGCGUGGUGGAAGACGGCGAAGAGUGUGAUUGCGGAUGGGAGGAGGACUGCAACGACCCUUGUUGCCACCCUCAACGACUCCAUCAUCCCUCUCAUGAGAUACCUUGUCGUCUUGCCGAUGGUGCAGUGUGCAGUCCCAGUCAGGGUCCCUGCUGCACAUCCGGCUGCACUCUGCGCAAUGGCGAUAAGUGCAGGGACGACAACGGAUGCAGGGACGCGAGCUUUUGCGACGGUCGCGGUCCCCAGUGUCCGCCAUCCAUCAGCAAACCUAACAAGACCAUAUGCAACGAGGAGUUCGUCUGCUACAUGGGGGAAUGCACCGGCAGCAUUUGCCUGGCUUAUGGCUUGGAAUCCUGUCAGUGCAUCGCCGGGCCCGAGGAUCCCCCGACCAAGAGCUGCGAACUGUGUUGUAAAUUGCCAGGAGAGGAUCAACCGUGCCUAUCAUCCUUCGCCUGGAAUUCAGCGCCGUACGAUAUUCCUGAUAUGCUGUCGAAGCCAGGCACGCCCUGCAACGAUUACAAUGGCUAUUGCGACGUAUUCCAGAGAUGUCGAGAGGUGGACCCCAGUGGGCCUUUAGCGACACUGAGGAGAUUGUUAUUGUCAGACGCCAGUUUGGCAACCUUCCGACGAUGGCUGACCGACUACUGGUACGUCGUCGCGCUCAUUGGCUUGGUUCUGCUGUUAAUCCCGGUGCUGUUGAUUCGUCUCCUGCGGAAACGACGCAAUCGUCUCGUGAAAAUUCUGUCCACGCCGAGAUCGACCCUCCAACCCCCCAACGCGAGCGAUCCAAUUCCCCAGCAACGGUCGUCGGCGCGCAAAAUACAAUCCAUGGACAUCUCGCGUCUGAAGAAGAGGAUCGUCGAGACGAUGAAGAGCCUAGCAUCUCCGCGACGAAAGAAGGAGUCCUCCUCGCAGGGUAACACGUUCCUGGUGGGGAUCUCCCGCCUCCUGGGUAGAGACUCGACUCGCCCGGGGUCCGAGGAACGAUCCUCGAACGAGGUCGAGAAACUGUGCGACGCCAGAAACGAGGAAACGCGCGAAGACGCCGAGGGGAACGUUCCCAGGCAAAAACUCGGUUCUAGGAAAGAGACCAACGGCUGGAGGCGACUGUCUCUACUGUUCCUCGGCAAUCGCGGUGCAAGUUCCUCCCCCACCCGAAGAAAAUCGAACAACGGCGAAUCGAUGCGCGUCGCGGCUUGGAGAAGAAGCGUGCAGGUCGAGAAACUGUGCAACACGUCGAAGACGAUCGUGAACCCCUUAAGCGGCGCCUACGGUUAUCAAACCGAGCCUCUCGUGGUGCCGGACACACCCGACACACCUGGGGAAACGUCUGAAGCGAGAACCCAGACGUCUGAUCGGACCGAGUUGCUGGCAGACAGUUAGUUCUGAAGAGGGACACUGAACUCUGACCCACUCUGUGGAAACGGUGUUCUUUCGAUGCGUUCGAACGUUGGCCGAGAUACAAGUGUCUUUAUCUUUUAAGUUGCAAGGUGGUGAGUCUAGGGUUUCCGUUUUUGUCGCAGUCUUGUCGCUUCAAAGAGAGAUCCACUGUAUUUCUGCUAUCAUUGAAAAAACAAUCACGAACCUGUUUACUGGUUUCAUUUCAAUACAGUAACUUCCGUUUUGAAGAUUCGAUGUCCACCCCAGAUUCGAGUGACUUCCCACUAUUCCUGUGUAAGUGUGAGAAAUCUUAUCGCCCUAAACAUGCUCGAUUUUGUCACUUCGAAAAUGGAUCUACCGUACCAGUAAUCACGCGCGAAAAUUCGAUUCUUUUGUUUCCCUGUUUGAUUGCCUAUCGAAGCCCAACGCAACCAUUCAGACAAUCUCUCCGUACUGUACAGAAAACUUCGGGUUCGAUUUUGCGUUAACGGAAGCCUCGGAGUGGUUAACCGAACUGUGCACCGCGCCUAGGUCUAAGAAGACAAUAUUUGAUCUCCACUUGCGAGAUGAAACGAUCGAUCCCGUCGAGAAUGGGACGCGACUAGCGUCGAACUCCGCGUGUAAAUAUUGUACAGUCUCUUGUACCGCUGUCGCCGUAGAUUAGUUUCGAGAAUUAAGGGGUGUGUGUGAGAGGGAAGCUCGCGAAAGUUUGCGAAGCCGUGUGGGUUCUUGUAAUUCGUGUAGCCAGACAGCUCUUCGCAUAGAAACGGACCAAAUAUAGGGAGGAAGGGGUAAGAUCGUCCAGCGCUGAACUCGUAGAUAUGUGUAUAUAAAGGAACGAUUGUUACUGUACAAUAAAUCGUAUGUUAUAAUAUAUUAUAGAUUCCCUACCAGCAAGAUAUACUUGUAAUACACGUGUAUAUGGAUUACGGUGAUUUUCCCCCAUCCUUUUGGUUUGGUAUAUAGUUUAUUUCUUUCAUCAAUGUUUCAGCCAUUU